AUGAACAAGUUCGGAAAUAAUCUCUCGUCGUUACCAGGGUUCACUCGGUGUACGUUGGUGCUUGGCCAGCCCAGGACGAGCGGUACGGAGAAUCUGAUACAGUUUGGGUCUCGUGCGUGGAGUAGCUCGAGGCCUCUCAACUCUGAUCACAGCACCACCCAGCCUGUCGAAGAGGAAGGCGAGGACAAGCCCACUCCCGAUCUCCCAGCUGAACUGAUCGCCAUGAGGCUCAACCCUGAUUUUGGACCCAACAAUGUCAACUUUCCUCCCCUCCCCGAGAUCACCAACCGGAAUAUCGAGCUGCAGGUCUUCACGCAUCGAAGCUACCAUGCGCGGCCGACGCAUGUGUUCGAGGAUCAUAUUAACGAUUUGAGUCCUGACAACGAGCGCUAUGAGCAUCUGGGGGAUACAGUCCUUGGAUUGGUCGUCACCAAUCUGAUGUUUGAUAUGUUCCCCGGACUUCGUGUUGGUCCGUCCACGAAAAUCCGCUCGCUGGUUGUGGGCAACUCGACCCUCGCCGAAAUAUCCAAGAAGUAUAGACUCCCAGAUAGACUGCGUCUGCACCAAGCUCAGGCGAUCACACUUCGAGCGUCUACCAAUGUACAAGCCGAUGUAUUCGAGGCCUUUGUGGGCGGUCUGUUCAAGGACCAAGACCUCCCCGCCGUCCAACGCUGGCUCAACCCCCUCUUCCGACCAUACGCCAAAGCGGCCUAUGACUACGUCCGCAAACAGACCAACCUGCCGCCUCUGCCCCCUUCGUCCCACUAUCUCUCCCGGAACGGCGCCUCCAACAAUGGGAGUUCUCAUCCCGAGGUGACGAUGUCCUCAGCGAAUGAUUCCCAAGGGGACUAUGCUGUCGGACCUACCAUCGGGCACCUAGCGCUGUUCAAUCAGCAUCUGCAGCGGUCGAGCAGGGUCGUCGAGUGGAUUUACUCGGAUGGGAGCGAUCCUUCUGAGGGUAUGGAUACGGAUGGAGGCUCUACUGCUUGUCCUGCCCUCAACGCCAUCGAGAACAUCGACGGAUCGAACAAGGAGAACUAUGCCAAUGGCAACUCGGGCUCUCACCACACACCCAACGGCACCGCUAAUGGAAAACCCAACGGCGUGAAUGGCGCCAAGGGCAAGUGGUACUCGGAUCCUUGUGUACCCGACCACCUCAGGAUCAAGAGCUCGCCUCUCAAUCCGGUGUGGUAUGUCAAGGUUUUGGUGGAUGGCGAGUUUUAUGGACGUGGGCGGGGGAAUACGAAGAAGGCUGCUAGGAAUGAGGCUGCGAAGGAGGGGCUGGUUAAGUUGGGUAUUGAGGUUUGA